ACUACUUCAAACAUAAGUACAAUUAAAAGGAUUAAUUAUCCUUAAGAUGUUAGUUAAUUUCAUUCGUUCGCAUUUACAUUGCGAUUAUACUAAUCUAAGUCAUUAAAUUAUAAUUACGAAUGUUAAUUUAUAAAACGAUAAGCUGUAAAAGCUUUCUAUCAACUUAUAAACAAUAGACAAACAAUACUAUGGAUUAGCGGAUGAUGCCCUCUACCACAAUUGCCGGCGUAAUAGAUUCGUCAUUCUGCGUUAAUAUCUCUUUUAUAUUUUGUAUGCAAAAGCAUUUAUCUUAAAUGCAUAAAUAAAUAGUUAUGCAGGCGUGGAGAGUACUUAUCAUUGGUAAGAAAUUUAUUUAUUGAAAUCAAGUUACGUAUGCAAUAGCGAAUAAUGUUUAAACUUAACCUUAUUUUGGAAAGCAACGUUUGUAAACAUUGUGAAUGCAUUUCUAUUGUAUUAAUAGCAUUGUCAAAUAUAACAAAUUGAAUCGUGUAAUUGCAAAUUUCUUCAGACGUUAAUAAGCUCUUUCUGAUUGUAUCAAAAUGAUUGACCAAAAUAUAAUUGGCACAUGCUUCUUGGUAUGUAUAGCAAUCGUAUUCAAUUUUUCAUUGCAUCGCAUCGAAGAAGGUCAUGUAGGAGUAUAUUUUCGGGGUGGAGCAUUAUUACCUGAAGUGAGCAUUCCAGGUUUUCAUAUGAUGAUACCAAUUUUAACAAUCUUUCGUCCUGUUCAAGUAACUUUACAAACCGAUGAAGUUAAAAAUGUUCCCUGUGGAACUAGCGGAGGUGUUAUGAUCGAUUUUGAUCGAAUUGAAGUUGUAAAUAUGUUAGAUGCUAAUAGUGUGUAUAAUAUCGUGAGAAACUAUACCGUAGAUUAUGACCGAUCUUUAAUAUUUAACAAAAUCCAUCAUGAGCUGAAUCAAUUUUGUUCAGUACAUACACUACACGAGGUUUAUAUCGAUUUAUUCGAUCAAAUCGAUGAAAAUCUUAAAACUGCAUUACAAAGGGAUUUAACUGAAAUGGCUCCUGGCUUGAAUGUUUUAGCCGUAAGAGUAACUAAACCAAAAAUUCCUGAAACUAUUAGAAAAAAUUAUGAACUUAUGGAGGCAGAGAAAACAAAACUUUUAAUAUCAACGCAGCAUCAAAAAGUUGUUGAAAAGGAUGCGGAGACAGAUAGAAAGAAGGCAAUUAUUGAAGCCGAUAAAGUUGCUCAAGUAGCAAAAAUUAUGCUUAAUCAGAAAAUCAUGGAAAAAGAGUCGCUUCAACUUAUGGCAUCUAUCGAAGAUCAAAUGCACUUAGCAAGAGAGAAAAGUCGCUCGGACGCUGACUAUUACCAAACGGCCAAACAAGCAGAAGCUAACAAAUUACUGUUAUCGGAUCAGUAUUUAGAACUUGAAAAGUAUAAAGCAUUAUCUAAAAAUACUAAAGUUUACUUUGGACAAGAUUUACCAAAAAUGUUUUCAUUUGGAGGCCCUGUCAAUGAUUUGGCAAACUAUGCUAAUGAAAUUACAUUAAAAAAGCAAGAAAAUGAAUGAAUCGAAUAAUCGUUUAUUAAAAAUAAU